AUGUCAACACGGUUCGAAUUUCUUUAUGUCUUAGGCAUUCUGGUUUUGACUCACAUCAGCUUUGGCGCUGAAUUAAAUGUGCCCAUAAGCUGCGAGACACGUGCGAUUGACCUGGAGAAGUUACAGACCACUCAUGCAGUUCUGCUGUGUCCUGCUAACUGUACCCUUUGGAAACUGUCAGUGUUUGGCUCUGGAGUUUACGCCUCCAUCUCCAGCAUCUGUGGUGCGGCUUUACACAGUGGCAUUACAGGAAUAUCUGGCGGAACUGUGGAGAUUCAGAAGCGGCCGGGCAGAAAUCAGUACCUCAGCUCUUACUCACAUGGAGUCCAAUCACAACCUCUGUCUCGCUGGAGUGAUUCGUUCAUUGUGACGAGAAAAUUUAGUUCACCUAUGGAAAUGGCCAGUAAAACCAGCAGCACUGCCCUCCCUGCAUCUGAACCAGUGAAAAAAACAGUCAAAAAGAACCUAAAGAAACCUCCAGCUACUGAAAAUAGAGAUUGUCAGGUGGAUAUAGCGCUACUACUGGACAGCAGUUACCAUAUUGGACAUCGGCGCUUUAACCUACAGAAGAACUUUAUUGGUAGACUAGCAGCAAUGUUAAAGGUUGGAAAGGAUGGACCACAUAUUGGAGUGGUGCAAGCCAGUGAGACACCUCAGACCGAGUUCUACCUGGGUAACUACAGCAUGCCAAAAGAUGUGAUUUUUGCCCUCAAAGAGACAGCUUUCAUUGGAGGCAAUGCCAAUACAGGCAAGGCAAUAGUCCACGCUGUAAGGAAUUUCUUCAACCCUGAAUAUGGAGCACGAAGAGGCCAUCCCAGAAUUAUUGUUGCCUUUGUUGAUGGAUGGCCCUCUGACAACCUGGAAGAUGCAGCAGUAAUGGCUAGAGAAUCUGGUAUGAAUGUGUUUAUAGUAUCUGUGGCCAAAGCCAUCCCAGAGGAGAUGGGACUGGUAAAGGAUCAGGACUUCACGAAGAAGGCAGUCUGCAGAGAUAAUGGUUUCUUCUCAAUGACCAUACCCAGUUGGUUUGGUACAAAUAAGUUUGUAAAACCUCUGGCUCAGAAGCUCUGCUCCAUUGAUCAGUUGCUUUGCAGCAAAACAUGCUAUAACUCAGUCAAUUUGGGCUUCCUGAUUGAUGGUUCCAGCAGUGUUGGAGAUGUAAACUUCAGACUGGUGCUAAGCCUCAUAUCCUCCAUUGCUCGCAACUUUGACAUAUCUGAUGUUGGGUCACGCAUAGGAGCUGUGCAGUUUACCUAUGACCAGAGAUUGGAGUUUGGCUUUAAUGAUCACACAAGAAAGGAUGAAGCCUUAAGGGCCCUUGAAAACAUCCCAUACUUAAGUGGUGGCACAGCCACUGGAGAUGCUAUUACGUAUGCUGUGGAGAAUCUCUUCCAGCCCCGCACCAUUGGCAGGAAAUUCCUUAUUAUUGUCACUGAUGGUCAAUCUUACGAUGAUGUCAGAGGACCUGCCAUUGCUGCUCAAAGAGCAGGCGUCACAGUGUUUUCUGUAGGUGUAGCCUGGGCUCCAAUGGAGGAUCUGAGGGCCAUGGCGUCUGAGCCCAAAGACAUGCACACCUUCUUUACCAGAGAGUUCACUGGCCUUGAGCAGUUUGAACAGCCCAUCAUACGGGCAAUCUGCAGGGACUUUACAGGAUUUAAUUAGAAACAUUUGGUCGUAAAAAAA